UUGCAGAUAUCCGUAAAAUACAUCAUUUGCAGAGUCGGAUCGUCGUACAAAAUUAUUCGUACCCAUAUUAUUAUCGUUACGGACACGCGCAAUGACCACCGCAGCACCGCUUUACCGGCCGUUGCAGGUGUGCGGCUACGCUUUGGGCGUGUUCCCGUACACGGUGUCGCCGUCUGCGCCGCACAGGUUCCGCCGGCACUGGUUCGGAGCGGCGCUGAAGGCCGUGCACUUGUUGCUGUUCUGGUCGGCCGCCGUGUCCGUCAACGCGAUGCUGUUCUGGGCGCACCCGCCAUCACCGGCCGGCGGCACCGAUCAGCGGAACGGACUGGCGCUCGACAAAAAGCUGGCCACCACGUCGCCGGGGAAAGUUGACGAGCUGUACGUGUACAUGAUGUUCACCACGUCUGCAACGGCCGCCCUGUGCCAGCUGUACAUGAUGCUGCCGUCGGUCGUGGCUGUGGUCGGCGAGUGUCUGCUCCGGCCGCGCGUCCACCACGGCCACGUCUGGCCACCGUUUAAGGCUUUCACCAUAGUUGCGUUCGUCGUCUCCGAGUUCGCCUUUUACUACGUGAUGAGCGUUUACUGGUUCAAUUUCCAGUUUUUCUUAUGCCUGUUCUCGUUGCUGUCCAACAUCGAUUGCAUGGUGGUCGAACAGUUUUUCUACAUCACUUGCCUGACACUGUGCGUCCGGCUAAAACGGAUCCACGAGGACGUACAGGACCUGGUGCACAAGGCCGAGCACCCGCGGUGGAGAUGCUGGACGAGUCCCGCGGCCGGACAUCCGGACCGCCUGGGCAUACCAGCGUUCGGUGCUGCGGACAUCCGGCAUCUGAGGUUCGCCCACCUGGGGGUGACGGAGACGUUUUCGCGCGUCAACCGCGCGUUCCAACUGCCACUGCUGCUGAACAUGAUCGACAGCGUGUAUCGCAUCUUAUUCUACACGUCCGAGGUAACGUACCAUUUGAUCCACAUCAUUUUGGACAAACGCACGACGAUCACGUAUGGAAAAACAGCCCUGUACUCGGCCUUUUUGGGAAUAAGAGUCGUCCGGUUGUGGUACCUGCACUCAUGCGAAUAUUACAUCACGAAAAUGAUUAUACCUAUACGGAUUUCAUUGAGUUGGCUUACAUUAACAUUAAAUCCAGUCACUAGCAGGAGAUUAAUGCCAGAGAUCAUUUUAUUUCAAAAUCAAUUAGAUGCAGUAACUUCAAAAUUCCAAAUAUAUGGAAUGAUAAAUAUUAAUAUAGCAUUAUUUUAUGCAGAGUUUGGAUUACUGAUGGCAUACAUAAUCUUUUUAUUACAAUUUUUCGGGUCUACUUUGCAACCAUCACUAGUGUUCAAUAAUUUCACAGCAGUCCCAAGUAUUAUGAAAAUCAAAAAUAGUACCAACGUCGCAUGAGUGUAUAAUAAUUAUCAGCUUGGUAGAAACUCAACUUUUCAAAUGUAGCAGAAUUUUUAAUUUUCUUAAAAAAAUAUCAUAUUCAUUUUAUUGAUUAUUAAUCAUAUUAAAAUAAAUUUUAUUGUUAUCUUGUCGACCAUUUACAACAGACUACAUGUCAUUAUAAUAUAAUUUAUAACGUUCGUGUGUCCACUUUUCUAACUUUGAGUUGGUCCAAC